UUGUCUUUAAACUGCGCAGGAUAUGACUUUUAGCUAGUACCCUCAGUAUCACCACUAGACUAGACGUGUUUUUUUUGUUUUUGACUAGAGGUUUUUUUUUGUAUUAUUAUUGUUUACACAAAUUGUUUAUGUGUUUUCAGAAGAUUAAAUUACUCGAAACCGCAAGCACUGAUUCUCAACAGGCUAUCUGGCUUUGCAGUCUGCACUCCCCCGCCGCGAUGCAGCGCAGUGCAGGGGGCGCUGUGUCAAGCGAGGCUGGUGACGUCGGAGCCACGGCAUUGGAGGUUGUCAGUGUUGUGGGCAAGGCGGUUUGCGCAGGCGCGGCGCUGACAGCCGCUCUGUACCUUAUCCGCAGGGUCUGUUUAACGAUGGCCUGGAAGUCAGGAGGAUCCUGCCAAGCAGAGCUCGUCAACAAUCUCCGCAAAAAUGGGAUUAUUAAAUCAGACAAGGUUUUUGAAGUCAUGUUGGCCACAGACCGUGCACACUUUGCAAAAUGUAACCCAUACAUGGAUUCCCCUCAGUCAAUAGGUUACCAGGCAACUAUCAGUGCUCCACACAUGCAUGCAUAUGCUUUGGAGCUUCUCCACGAUCAGUUAUAUGAAGGGGCUAAGGCACUGGAUGUUGGAUCUGGAAGUGGAAUUCUUUCAGUUUGCUUUGCACGGAUGGUUGGCCCAGAGGGAAGAGUCUUAGGAAUUGAUCAUAUCAAAGAACUAGUUGAUGAUUCAAUAAACAAUGUUAAGAAAGAUGACCCCAGUUUGAUAACAUCAGGAAGGGUAAAACUGAUUGUGGGUGAUGGCCGAAUGGGAAACAUAGAGGAAGCUCCCUAUGAUGCGAUUCAUGUCGGUGCUGCAGCGCCAACUGUGCCGCAAGCACUCCUAGACCAGCUGAAGCCUGGUGGCAGGUUGAUCCUCCCGGUGGGCCCAGCAGGUGGAAACCAGAUGCUAGAACAGUACGAUAAGCUGGAAGACGGCAGCACCAAAAUGAAGCCUCUCAUGGGGGUGAUCUAUGUGCCUUUGACAGACAAAGACAAGCAGUGGUCCAGGUGGAAGUGACUUACUACCCAAUUAUUCUUCUUCUGCAGAAAGUUGACAAAAGGGAUGAACUGUGAAGCACCAUCAGUGUGUCCUUGUCCUGCUUUAUAGUGUUAACCCAGAGUGGAUUUCUCCAGAUCUAAACGACUAUAAAUUACAGCAUUGCAACUUGUUUUGGUUUUUUUUUUUUUUUUUUUUUUUAAAUGGCAUGGAGCAGUUUGUAUUUUUCACAGCCUGAAUUUGGUUUUUCAGAUGAAGGCGUUUUUGAGCUAUAAUAAUAAUAAUAAUAAUACAUUUCUCAUUCAUUGUUUUGGACAAAUAUUUCUUAACUGGACUGUUUUGGUGCAGUGACUUUGUAAAGCCUUUAUUAUAAAUAGCUAAUGUGCCGCUUAUGACACUACAUGCAUAAGAUUUCUGUAUGCUGUCAUCUACAUUGCUAUGCCUAACACUAGUAAGAAACGUUUACUGCAUUUCUUUUAAGAUUUUUUCAUGCAGAGCAACACGUAACAUAAAACAGCUGAUAUUGUUCUUCUGUAACUGAUGUUUUGCUGUUUGUUUAAAAUGCAAUACCAGACAGUGGAUGGAAUGCUGCUAUAGUUGUCUGUAAUAUCUCCUGUACAGAUUUGACAUACUGAUGCACAUUUUUUUUUCUGUAUUAAAUUGGCUGCCAACUGUGAUGUACAUUACUACAGUGUAACAUGCUGUGUAUCAGUUACUGGCAGUUUAAUGCUGUGCUGCUUUGCAAAAUAAAUUUGAAAGCAAAGCAAAAUGGUGUAUAGCUACUGCUUUUUAUUCAUUGUCAAAAAAAUGUCAUGUUAAGAAGCCUCUGGAAGUGAAAGACUUUAACAUCACUUUCCAAUAUGCAGCGUGUGUGUGUGUCAUAUAUAUCAGUGGCUUGCAAAAGUAUUCAGACCCCUGACCAAUUCUCUCAUAU